AUGGCCAACACCACUGGAGAGCCCGAGGAGGUGAGCGGUGCACUGUCUCCACCAUCAGCAGUGGCUUACGUGAAGCUGGUGCUGCUGGGACUGAUCAUGUGCGUGAGCCUGGCGGGCAACGCCAUCUUGUCCCUGCUGGUGCUCAAGGACCGUGCCCUGCACAAGGCUCCUUACUACUUUCUGCUGGACCUGUGCCUGGCUGACGGCAUACGCUCUGCCGUCUGCUUCCCCUUUGUGCUGGCUUCUGUGCGCCACGGCUCCUCAUGGACCUUCAGUGCGCUCAGCUGCAAGAUUGUUGCCUUUAUGGCUGUGCUCUUUUGCUUCCAUGCGGCCUUCAUGCUGUUCUGCAUCAGCGUCACACGCUACAUGGCCAUCGCCCACCACCGCUUCUAUGCCAAGCGCAUGACACUCUGGACAUGCGCAGCUGUCAUCUGCAUGGCCUGGACCCUGUCUGUGGCCAUGGCCUUCCCACCUGUCUUCGACGUGGGCACCUACAAGUUCAUCCGUGAGGAGGACCAGUGUAUCUUUGAGCAUCGCUAUUUCAAGGCCAAUGACACGCUGGGCUUCAUGCUUAUGUUGGCUGUGCUCAUGGCAGCCACACAUGCUGUCUAUGGCAAGCUGCUCCUCUUCGAGUAUCGUCACCGCAAGAUGAAGCCUGUGCAGAUGGUGCCAGCCAUCAGUCAGAACUGGACAUUCCAUGGCCCUGGGGCCACUGGCCAGGCUGCUGCCAAUUGGAUCGCUGGCUUUGGCCGAGGGCCCAUGCCACCAACCCUACUGGGUAUCCGGCAGAAUGGGCAUGCAGCCAGCCGGCGGCUGCUGGGCAUGGACGAGGUCAAGGGUGAAAAGCAGCUGGGCCGUAUGUUCUACGCAAUCACACUGCUCUUCCUGCUUCUCUGGUCACCCUACAUCGUGGCCUGCUACUGGCGUGUGUUUGUGAAAGCCUGCACCGUGCCCCACCGUUACCUGGCCACUGCUGUUUGGAUGAGCUUCGCCCAGGCUGCCGUCAACCCAAUCGUCUGCUUCCUGCUCAACAAGGACCUCAAGAAGUGCCUGAGGACUCACGCCCCCUGCUGGGGCACAGGUGCCCCAGCUCCUAGAGAACCCUACUGUGUGAUGUGA